GGGGACCGAGCUGCGGACGCAGAAGGGCGAGCAGACGCCGCAACCCAGGAGGGCUGCAGACGCCUGAGGAGCAGGGAAACGUCGGGUGCUGACCCGCGGGGGCACCAAGGCCCCGGCCCAGCACAUGUCGCCGCGGUUGGAGGCGCGUCCAGGGGGCGGAGCCUCCUGCCGAGGCCCGCCCAGAAGGCGGCUCCGCUCAGGCCCCGCCCUCAGGCGAGCACCGCCCGUCGGCUCCUCCCGCGGCUCGAAUCGCCGUCUCUCUCCUCCCCGCCCCGCCGAGUUCUAGAAUUCGCCGCGCAGCUGCUUCAGCACCAAAAAGGAAACUAGCUACCCAGCCCAGUCCAGUCAUGCAGGUGCAGGAUGAUGGAGGCAACCUCAUCCCCUUUGCCAAGUGUUCCAGGGUGGUCAGCCGAUCUCCACCACCAAGGUUGCCUUCCCAGAGCCUCAGACUCAUGCCCCAGCGUUAUGGAGAUGUCUUCUGGAAGAACCUUAGUCAAAGGCCCAGCCUCACUUGGCUGGAGGAGCAGCACAUUCCACCCAUGCUGAGAGCCACUGGUUGCUCCCAGCUUGGUCUGUAUCCUCCUGAGCAGCUCCCACCCCCUGAAAUGCUUUGGAGAAGAAAGAAGAGGAGGCCAUGUUUGGAAAGAAUGCAGCAGCAGGGGCUUGGGGGGGUCCCCGCCCGGGUGAGGGCUGUCACUUACCACCUGGAGGACCUAAGAAGGCGUCAGAGCAUCAUCAAUGAACUGAAGAAGGCCCAGUGGGGCAGCUCUGGGGCUGCAUCUGAGCCAGUGGUGGUUGGCGAAGAGGGCUGUGGAUUUCCUAGCACCAAUGAAUACCCUGAUCUGGAAGAGGAGAGGGCAACCUAUCCACAAGAAGAGAACAGUUUUCUCACUCCUGGCAGGGCCCAGCUGCUUUGGUCUCCAUGGAGUCCCCUGGGUCAGGAGGUGGCUUGUGCCUCUACUCAGCUGCACUCUCUGGCCUCCUUCAGCACUGUCACAGCCAGGAGGAACCCCCUUCACAAUCCCUGGGGGAUGGAGUUGGCAGCGUCUGAAGAGUAAAGAGAAACCACCGAUGCCGAGAUACUGGUGGUGCCCCAGGGACCCAAGACUAGUUCCGUCACUAGAGUCACCCCCAUUGCUGACAUGAAGGCGUUUCCCCUUCCUUAGCCUCUCCAACUGCCUUUCCCAUCCUCUGAACUAGGCAUUAACAGCCCCCCUGGGCUCCCAAAUCAACCCACCGCUCUCACAGGAGCACCCCAAGUCCUGUUUUCCUCCAGGCCCCGCCCCUGGCCUUGUGUUCUCUCUGCUCUGUUAUUAAAAAGCAAGCAAGUGGAGCCCGAGUUGUCUUUCUUCUUGGGAUGCAGCGAUGGAGAGGCCAAUGGGGAAGGAGGGCUCCUUUCGCUUUCUCGAGGACUCAGCUACAAUGAAGUCGGGCUGGGUCCCCAAAUUCAAGGAGUCUUGUCCGGGGCGAGAAGGGUCCUGCUCCCAGUCCUGUGUUCCUCGCCCGGCCCCUCGGGUUCCAGCACUGGUCGGCCGCCCCUGCCCCGUUCUCUCCGACUGGGAGUCAGCCGGCCGAGCUUCCGCCUCCAGGACCCUGGAAUCCUGCCCCUCAGCGCUACUGCCCUUUUGGGGACUUCCUAGUAGUAUGUCCCUCGGCCUGGCUCAGAGCCUCAGAAGCCGAGUCCCUCUGCCAAGCGCCCCACCCAGAACCCCACGUGUGCUGACCCCAGGUUCCCUUCCUGACCCCCAUCUCCUUAAUUGGGAAGCCCCGCCCCUUG